GACUACCACUCAUGGUGCUGCUGGUCCUGGGGAUAUCGGGCCUCUGUCUGUGGCUGAGUAGUUUCCUGCUGUGGUUUUAAUUCUAAUGAAAUGCCUUUCAGAUGCGUGUGACUAUUUAUUGCUUCUGCUCUCAUCCAGUUGAGUGAAAGAACAGGUUGACCACCAUUUUUGGAUCUCAUGUAUAAAAUGUUUUAAGGAAGGGAUGACACGGCUUUUCUGAAGAAAGCUGAAGGGCUCUUCUCAAUAUGGCUUCAGAAAUCACUUAUGCUGAAGUGAGGUUCAAAAAUGAACUGAAAUUCUCAGGUACCAACCCAGAAUCUCCUGCAGCUCCCAAAGAGAACACUACUCCUCACAAAAGUAAUCUCAGUUUUCCCAAGUUGCUUCUUGGAUCAUUGCUGAUACUUGCCCUGCUGUUGGCAAUCUUAUUCUUUGUUGCUUUUAUCAUUUUCUUUAAAAAAUAUUCUCAGCUACUUGAAGAAAAGAAAUAUACAAUUUCUAUGAAGAACCCAAUUUACACAAAUUUGGAGUGUGUAAAAACCAAUUGGACCAUAGAAGGAAAAGUCUGGAGCUGUUGCCCGAAGAAUUGGAAAUCAUUUAGUUCCAGUUGUUACUUUAUUUCUACUGAAGCAAAAUCUUGGAAUGAGAGUCAGAAGAACUGUUCUAGAAUGGAGGCUCAUCUGGUGGUGAUCAACAGCAAGAAAGAGCAGGAUUUCAUCACUCAGAAUAUGGAUACAAAUGCUGCUUAUUAUGUGGGGCUCUCAGAUCCAGAGGGUCAAGGACAGUGGCAAUGGGUUGAUCAGACACCAUACAACCAAAGUGCCACAUUCUGGCAUGAAGGUGAGCCCAGUUAUGGUGGAGAGCAUUGUGUUAUUCUAAAUUAUCGUGGAGAGCAUCCACAAUGGGGCUGGAAUGAUAAUAUUUGUAAUAUACGUCAAAGAUUAGUUUGUGAAAUGAUGAAGAUCUACUUAUGAAUCAAACAUUUUUCAUGGACGUGUUGUUGGAUUCACAUCCAUUAUUCUAAAGAUAGUUAAUAAGUUCUUGUUCAUAUGAAAGACAUUCCAUUGACUUUUAGGAAUGUGAUCAACUAUUCCACUUUUGAGAAAACUUUACACAUAUUUAUUUGUUUGUUCAUUCAUUUGCUAAUUCAUAAAAUGAGCAUUUUCCAUGUACCAGACAGGACACUGGAGACGUCUCUUUUACACACAUAGAAAACAUUUGAGCCUGUUCUCUAAUUUCUGUCUGAUUACUGAUGGUUUAUAAAUCUUAUGAUGUGGUUUAUAAAUCUUAUGAUGAUAUAAAUCUUAUGAUGUGGUUUGUCCACUUAUCUGUUUUUUCCUUUUUCCUCCUUUGAUUAUAUUGAUGUAUAACUUAAAAAUAAAUAAUUAUAU